UCCAAUAAAAAUAAAAGUAAGAUUUACGCCUCUAUACAGUUUCUCUCUCUCACACACACUUUUACCUUACCAAAACAGCAAUGGGCCUAGAGCCCACUAUGCAUAACGACUGAUCUCAAUAUCCUAUAGCUGCUAUCAAUGUAUGCCUUAGGAGGCCAAGAAGGUCGCCGGUAGAUGAUAAAUCAAGCAUUUUGAUGUCACAUUUGAACGCAAUUGCAGUCAGAAUAUCCAGUUUCAAGCAGUUGACACAGCUACAUGCACAGAUCAUUCAGCAUUCCCUCCAUCAUGACAACUAUUGGGUGUCUGUGCUCAUCAGCCACUGCACCCGCCUCUGCGCCCCACCCUCCUACGCGCGUCUCAUUUUCGACUCUUCCCACCAACCCAAUCUCUACGCAUUCACCAACAUGCUCAAGUUCUACUCGCACACGGGCGCCCAUCACCAUGUCAUCAAUCUCUUUCAGAAUAUGCGCCUUUCCAAUGUCAUGCCUGAUGCUUUUGUUUUUCCGAUCUUAAUUAAAUCCAUGGAGAAGGAAGCUGUUAUGUUACAUGCCCAUCUUAUAAAACUUGGGCAUCAGUGUGAUCGUUUUGUACGUAAUGCUAUUAUGUAUAUGUAUGCCAAGUAUGGGCCCAUUUAUUUUGCACGUAAACUGUUCGAUGAAAUGCCUGAGAGAAUGGUGGCGGAUUGGAACUCUAUGAUUUCUGGGUAUUGGAGGUGGGGAAAUGAGGUUGAAGCUGGUAGUUUGUUUAAUAUAAUGCCUGAGAGAAAUGUCAUCACUUGGACUGCGAUGGUUACUGGGUAUUCAAAGGCACGAGAUUUGGUUACUGCAAGGAGGUAUUUUGAUCAAAUGCCUGAGAAAAAUGUUGUUUCUUGGAAUGCGAUGUUGUCUGCUUAUUCACAGAAUGGGUUUGCAGAAGAGGCUAUGAGACUGCUGAAUGAGAUGGUUGUUGAUGGUGUUCAACCAGAUGAAACAACUUGGGUUGCGGUUAUUUCAGCAUGUGCAGAUCGUGCUGAUGCUAAACUUGCAAGUUCACUCAUGAACAUGCUCAAUCAGAGGAGUGUUAAGUUAAAUUACUUUGUCAAGACCGCGCUAAUUGACAUGUAUGCAAAGUGUGGGGAUCUUGCAGCUGCUAAGAAUAUUUUUGAGGAGUUAGGUGCAUACAGAAAUGUGGUUUCGUGGAACGCGAUGAUUUCUGCGCAUACGAGUGUUGGUGAUUUGAGUUCUGCCAGAGAACUCUUUGAUAGGAUGCCUUCCAAGGAUGUAGUUUCAUGGAACUCAAUGAUCGCAGGUUAUGCACAAAAUGGACAAUCGACAAUGGCAAUUGAGCUAUUCAAGAAGAUGAUCAGUUCUAACCACACAAAACCAGACGAAGUUACUAUGGUUAGUGUCAUAUCUGCAUGUUCACAUCUUGGGGCAUUGGAGUUGGGAAACUGGGCUUUAAACAUCAUAGAUGAAAAUCAAAUCAAAUUGAGUAUUUCCGGUUAUAACUCUUUAAUUUUUAUGUACUCCAAAUGCGGAAGCAUGAAAGAUGCCGAAAGAAUCUUCCAUAAAAUGAAGACGCAAGAUGUUAUUUCCUUCAACACUUUGAUUACAGGUUUUGCAGCUCAAGGUGACGGAUUUGCAGCCAUUGAUACAAUGCGUAAGAUGAAAGAACAGGGGUUUCAACCUGAUAGAAUCACAUAUAUCAGUGUUCUUACCGCCUGCAGCCAUGCAGGACUGUUAGAACAAGGUAAAAAAGUUUUUGAUUCCAUCACUAACCCGGAUGUUGACCACUAUGCAUGCAUGAUUGACUUAUUAGGCCGAGUGGGUAACCUCGAUGAAGCGAAGAAUUUAAUCACAAGAAUGCCAAUGGUCCCACAUGCGGGAGUAUAUGGUUCACUCCUAAACGCUGCUCGCAUUCGUAAAAGAAUUGAUAUCGGGGAGUUUGCAGCUAGUCAUCUUUUCAAAAUUGAACCCGAAAAUUCUGGGAAUUACGUUUUGCUUUCGAACAUGUAUGCUUCAAUGGGGCGAUGGGGCGAUGUUGAGCGAAUCCGGGGGAAAAUGAAACUGUUAGGGUUAAAGAAAGCUACAGGAUGGAGUUAUGUGGAAUUUGAUGGGAAAUUACACAAAUUUAUUGUGGGUGAUAAAGCACAUGAAAGAUCAAAUGAUAUAUACAAGUUAUUGAUGGAAUUAAGAAAGAAAAUGAGGAUAGCUGGAUACAUUGCUGAUAAAGAGAGUGUUCUUAGAGAUGUUGAAGAGGAAGAGAAGGAAGAGAUGGUGGGCACUCACAGUGAGAAGCUGGCACUCUGUUUCGCACUUCUUGUUAGUGAGUCAGGGGCCGUUAUUAGAAUUGUGAAAAACUUGAGGGUCUGUUGGGAUUGUCAUGAGGCCAUGAAGAUUAUUUCAAAGCUGGAGGGAAGAGAGAUAAUUGUGAGGGAUAACAAUAGAUUUCAUUGUUUUAAUGAUGGUUCAUGUUCAUGCAAAGAUUAUUGGUAAGUUGAGGGUGAAAGUACAUGAUGAGUCUGGCUAAAUUGUCUGUUAAUUAUAUUUUGUAAUGCUAACAUGAAAAGAUUAUAAGUGUUGCUUUUAUAAAUAAAUAAAAAAACCUCAACUCCUUGGUUGUAUCAA